AUGGCACAGCGCUCCUCGAAGCAUAGACCACGGCCAGCUCGAUUUUUAAAAGUCAUUGAGGACAUCGUGGAGAAUCUGGACAGCGUCAUAGCCUUGCUAGUCAACACCCGUCAGCAACUGCUAGACCUUCAUGAUGGAGACGACGACAGUGAUUUUGCCGACGAAGACGGGAUUCAGGGCGAAAAGCACAAUUGUGAUGAUACGAACAUGGACAGAAGUGUGGAAGUUAAUACGGCCUCGCAGCUUCUCUGCAAGACUGAGCACAGUCCAGAAGCGCCGUUUUUCUGCCCCGAGGACGAAUGCAAAGGCCGCAAAGCCGACAAAACAUGGAAGGAGUUUGCGCGGCACUACGAAAUACAUGUGCCAUGUCAAAUCCAAUGUUCCAUGUGUGAGACCACUCCCCGUCAUGUCGCUUCGUUGAGAAGGCAUUUCACGGAAUGCCGGGAACUUAAGCGGAAACGAAAACUGCCAGAGCAUGAAGGUGAGAUAGAGGAAAUGAAACGCCAGAAGGAAGGCGCGUCUCGCAAAGCGUCUAAUAAGGCACGGGAGGUCAUGAGAACUUGCACACAGAGCCUAAGUGAGCCAAGUUCUCCAGAAUCACGAAAAAAGCCGAAACUACAGACGCCCACACUCGCCUCAACUGAAUCAAGCAAAGAAUUGUCCCCAUUCCAUACAGCCGACGAGACCUAUCUUCCAUCCCCAAUCCGAAGCUGUGUUGGAGAUGCAUCUGAGAACAGUGAAAUACUUCAAAGCAUGGCGCUGGGUAGCGAUCCGUUAGUAGUGAGCACUGCAGAGAAAAUCAACGACAUCAACAAUGGGCGUUUCUCAUCCGCAAACGGCGCUGUAACGGAAGGGGGAAUCUUGGAGUUUACGGACCCGACUGCCCUGUUUCCAUCAGCAAACCAGAACUCAAUUGCGCAAGGUACCACUUCACCUAUUGGAGUUUCGAAUCAUCUUGAGUCGCCAAGAGACGAAUCGGCUGUGGCUCGUCACGGUCAGAUGUUAUCAGUACAGGAUUCAAGCUCAUUUCUUACCAAAGCCCUGAGCUUUGAACUCUACGCCAUGGACGGCAUGGCCGGCCUUGCACACGGUACAGUGGGUGCCGAGAGCAUAUACCGCCUUGAUGAACGGUACUUGGAGAUAGGCAUUACAGCAUUUGAACAGAUGGGUGCCUCCGAGCUUCACUCAGCUGACCAAUUCCGCAUACAAGAAAAUCAUCAACCGUGGCUUGACUGA